AUGUCUAAGAGAAAAGAAAAACUGUUAAAUAAGUAUUUAAAUAAAAAAAGAAAACAAAGACGGCGAGAUGAUCUAUUGGCGCAAAUUGCUAGAAUAGAGAAUGACCGGAUUCAGAAAUCUAAGGAUACUACAAUUUUUGUUGAAAAAAAUAAAUCUAAAUAUUCUGAUAAGCUUGGCGAUGAUAAUUUGAAAGAUAUAGUAAUUGAAGAUAUAAGUAGUAUUGAUAAUAUUCAACAAGAAUCUAGUAAAUCAGAAAUAAAAACCGAUCUAUAUUUUAAUGAUGUAGAUACAAAAACCGAUCUAUAUUUUAAUGAUGAUAAUUCGUUAGGAAUUGUUGAAAAAGACAAAGUUAUUGAUAAAAAAGAAGUCGAUGAUAAACAAAAAGAAAAAGUUAUUGAUGAAAAAGAAGUUAUUGAUGAACAAGAAGAUGAAGUUAUCGAUGAAAAAGAAGUUAUCGAUGAACAAGAAGAUGAAAACGUGUCAUUAGAAGACUUUUUAGGUGAAUCGUCUGUCUUUGAUACGAUUACAUGUCUUUACAGACCAGUGGAAAUAGAAGAAUUUAGAAAAACUCUACCAAUUUACUAUGAAAAAGAAGAAAUUAUAUCUACAAUAAAGAAACAUUCCGUUACAUUAAUUAAAGGAGACACUGGUUGUGGCAAGACUACACAAAUUCCUCAGUUUCUGUACGAAGGAGGAUUUAAAAAAAUGAUAGGCGUAACGCAGCCGCGAAGAAUUUCUGCGAUUAGCAUAUCGAACAGAAUAAAUGAAGAAUUGGGAGAGAAAAAAUGUGCUUAUAAAAUACGAUAUGAAUCUACAGUAGAUUCUAAUACAUCUAUUAAAAUUAUGACUGAUGGUAUACUUUUAAAAGAAAUUCAAAGUGAUUUUCUUUUGUCAAAAUAUUCUGUAAUCUUACUAGACGAAAUUCAUGAACGUAGUUCUAAUAUGGAUAUUCUUAUAUCUUUAUUGUCUCGUAUUAUAAAAAUAAGGAAAGAAAGAAAUAAUGAACUUAAAUUGGUUUUAAUGAGUGCAACAAUAAUGAUUGACGAACUAAAAGGCUUCUUUGAAAAUAUUGCAUUAUAUGAAGUACCUUGUAAUUCUUUUAAGGUUACUGUUUUUUACGAAGAUAAAGAUCCUUCUGAUGUUGUGCAAGCGGCAUUUGAUCGAGUUAGCAAAAUAAUUAAAACAAAAAAAGAUAUUUUAAGUAAUUCGGUUCUUUGUUUCUUGCCAGACAAGAGUUACAUUUAUCAAGUAAUGGAUAAAUUAAUUGCUCGUUUUGAUGAUUGUAUAAUUUUGCCUCUUCAUUCUUCUCUAUCUAAACAGGAACAAUCUUUGAUAUAUAAACAUUAUGACAAGAGAAAGGUGAUAUUAUCAACAAAUAUUGCGGAAACAAGUAUUACUAUUCCUGAUGUGUAUUAUGUAGUUGAUUCUGGAUUGGUAAAAUGUAAAUACGUGGGAUCAAUGAACACAAUUGAAUAUUCUAUAAAAUAUAUCUCAAAAUCUAGUGCUACUCAGCGUGCAGGAAGGGCUGGUAGAACCUGUCCAGGUAUUUGUUACAGAUUAUAUAGUGGAAAUACAUUUUUAAAACUUGAUGAUUACGAUCAUCCUAAAAUAUUUUAUGAAUCACUUGACGAAAUAAUACUUAAUUUACUGUCUCUUGGAAUUAAUGAUAUUCAUAAAUUUCCGUUUUUAAAUAGGCCUUCUGAUCUUAAUAUUAAAAAUUCGCUUAACGAAUUAAAACGUAUACGAAUUAUAGAUAAUGACACUAAAUUGACGAAAUUAGGAGAAUUUAUUAGUAAGUUGCCUUUGCCACCAAGAAUCGCAAAACUUCUAUGUAUUCCUAAUACAACACAUAUACUACCAGAAUUAAUUGAUUUGGCUUCCUUGAUGUCUAUUAAUAUUGAACUGUCGUGCAAUGCUGCCACUAAAAAAUAUUUUAUUGCCGAAAAAAGUGACCUUAUUGUUAUACUUAAGGUAUUUAGAGAUUUUGAGCAAGCAAAACAUAAAAAAGAGUUUUGCAAAAAAAUAGAAAUUAAUUUAUCGACAUUUUGUGAAGCAGCGAAAAUGUCAAAAUUUUUAAAUAAUAAGUUCAACUUACGUACAUCAGAAAGAAAUUUAUUAACAGAUGAUGUAAAGAAUGAAAUUAGAAAAAUAAUUUAUUUAGCAUAUUCUGAUAGAAUUGCGCUGUUUGAUGAAUCUUCCUACUGGUAUAAAAGAAAUCCCAUUUAUGUUUCUAAUUCAUCAAUUGAUGCCGAAGGAGAAUUUGUUGUGUUUGAGUAUCUGUUGAAAGGAACAAAAAAAACUUAUAUGAAAAAUAUUACAAUUAUUGAUAAUCAAUGGUUUAAUUUAUAG